AUGGAAGAUCAACUAAAAAAAAUUGACAUUCUCAUCAAGAAGCAAAACUUUUAGAAAAGCAUAAAAAAAUUAUAAGAACUUCAAAAUCAACUUAAUGAGGGAAUUAUUAAUCCUGAAGAAAUGACAGAAAAUGAAAAAGUAUUAGAUAAUUAAUUAUAAGAUUUUAUAAAGCAAUAUAUAUGAAAGAUUUGCUACAAUAUUUAUUGAUAUAAAUUAAGUUUAUCAAGCAAUGUAAUACUUAAUAAGAAUGAUUAAAAUUGAGAAAGAAAUUUGUAAAGCAUCAGAUAAUAAGAAUAGUAUACUAAGACUUUGUAAUUCUUAUGCAAAAAUAGGUAAUUAAUGUAAUGAAAUAAAAUAAGGUAGAUGCUGUUUCUAUUGCUGUUAUUAUGAAUAAACUUUCAAAUAUUUAGAUUAUGCUCAAUAAUUACUUAUUCAACAUAAUCUCACUAAUACAGGUGUUUAUGCACUUACUUUAACAUAAUUGGGAAAUUAUUAUAGGUUCAUGUUUCAAGAUGAUUUGGCAGAAUAAAUGCUAUAUGAAAGCAUAAAAAUUAGAGAAGAGUUAUAUUCUCGAGAUUCUAUAGUAAAAUUGAAAAAUAUUUUAGGAAGUUGCUGAUUCAUUACAUGGAUUAGCAUAGUUAUUUUCAGAUGAAGGGAAAAUUGAAGAAGCCAUGUUUUAAAUUAAUUAAGCAAUUGCUAUUUGGACCAAUGUUUUGAGUUAUGAACAUAUCAAAACUGCAAAAUCAAUUUAUCUUAAAGGAAAUUUAUAUCUAAGAAUGAAAAGUACUACAGAAAGUAUAUUUUAAUUUAAAAAUUUUAGAUUUAGAAAAAGCAGAAAAUUUGAUUACUGAAAGUCUCCAAAUAAAUAUAAAAAUUAUGGGAAAAUCUUCUUAAGAUAUUGCUGAUUGUUAUCAUUCUUUAGGAAAAAUUAAAGCUUAUAACAAAAAUUCGAAUGAAUUUGAAGAGUAUUUUAAAAAAUCAUAAGUAAUUUUAUAAGAAUUGUAUGGCUAAAGUCAUGCUAGCAUUGCAAUAAUAUUGAAUAAUUUUGGAAGAUCAUAUUAUGAAAGAAAAUAAUACGAAGAAGCUGUUAAUUGUUUUUAAGAAUCUAUAAAAAUUUAUACAUAAUUAUGUGGUGAAAUGCAUGGAAAUUUAGCUAUCACAUUAAAGAAUUGUGCUGAUUGUCAUAAGGAAUUAGGUCGAUUUAGACAAGCUUAUAAUGAUUAUUCAAAAUCAUUAGAAAUCUAUAAAGUAUAUAUUUAUAUAUUAUUUUUUUAGAAAAUGAAAAUAAAUUAACAACAGGUCAAUUCAAUCCAAUAAUAAAUGACCUAAAUCUCUGAAAAAUUUUUAGAAGAUUGA